AUGCACUGCGGAGCGAGCCCUGCCAUCCAAAGAUCCCAUGAGUAUGCGGAGACGUUGUACAAAAAGCCCCCGGUCCUGAAGAGUUGUUGGGAAUGUGGCAUGAACUGCAAAGACUGCAUUGAAAGCACACAGCGGAUGUGCACAAGAUGCGGUGGUGGAUACUGCCUCAUCCACAAUGAAGGAUCUGAUAUGAUUUCUGGUGUGUAG